GGUGUAAGACGGACCAAUUCCGAGGCUGAAGGAGCCGGUAGUCAACCACCGACUGGGUGCAUUAAGCCUACCAUUACGAAAACACCGGGCAAUAAUCAAACGCCACGCCUUGGGCUAUAGCGAGUAGGAUUGCUGAGCCAGGGUUCUGGUUAGAAAUGGCGAUACCACCUCACAGCGUUGUUCUUCGUAUUCGAGGUUGGGGAUGGUCAGCAGGUUGUCAGAUGGAAAGCCAGGUUCAAGAGAUGUAAAUGAGAAUAUAUAUUUCAUCUUCGGGGACCGUUGCUGUCUCAUGGAAAAAGUCAGUAAUUGUCCGGGAUAAAGACAACAAUGCAUUUUCGAUCUGUUAUUGAACUGUUGGCGAUGUCGUCGUUGGCCGUGACGGGCGCCUCGGCGGCAUGCACUCCGAUCCCAUCCUCCAGUACUGCCACUCCGACUCCGACCCCCAGUGUCACUCCCGACUGCGGUGGCGACCAGUCCAUCGCUCUUUGCUGUAUGAACUUGGCUCCUUGGUCCACCAACAGUGGAAUCUGGGGAGGUGCUUGUGGUUACUAUCCUGCUGAUCCCAACGAGAGGGUCGGAGCGAGGUGUAUUACCCGUGCUCCUGGCACGAAUUGCUUUGGCAGUCUCCUUGCAACUUGUUGCGCUGGGUUCAUUCCAGGACAGUGUUCUCUGGGUACUCGUUGCACAUAACUGGGUAGCAGUCGACGUGGAGAGACGUACUGAAGAAGAAGGAGGUCAGAAAAUACCAAACUGGAAUGACAUACCAAGGCUGUUCUCUCGCUUGUUGGGUCAUGAUUCGUUUCAGAUCAGCUCCGAUCAUAUCACAUGCAAUAGCGAAUGAUUCCCAAAGUUGAGAAAGGGAAGCAUCGAAAGUUCCGUUUCCCAAACAAGAAUUGUUGUCUUUAUGCGCCCUAGCACAGACGGCAUGAAUAAUCGCGAG